AGGAAAGGACGGUAUUAUAAAUGGGAUUGUCUUGCAGUCAGCGCUGAGGGCAAAAUCACACCCCGUAGUCUGCUGCACGAAGGCUAGCAUUAGCUGGCUUUAAUUUAUGGGAAACGAAGAAGCACAAUUUAAAAGUGGCAAAGCAGCGCAGUGAAUCAUGAAUCUGCUAUGAAUGACUCAGGAGAACAGUUGGGGCUUCGUUCGGUGCUGCCCGGGACACUUUCAGCCACCUGGAGGAUUAGGAAGGAAACCGAAAAGAGAAUUUUGUCAUUCCUGACUUCCUCGACGCCCUGACUGGUGUUGUACCUGGAGGUGUGGACGACAUGGCUAGUCCACAGCAGACUGAGCUGUCCUACGCCUGGGAGAAGUACAUGGACUGUAGGCUGCAAGGAGCGGAUCUGCAGCCCCCUGGUGUGCAGUGACCCCUACCCACCUACCUACCCACCCACCCCCUCACUGCUUGGGUGGGUUGUUGUCUCAGCUGUUGAAGUGUCACCCUCUGCCCCUUCUUGACCCUGGUCAGCCUUCAGGGUCUGGAGAAUUUCCUCUGUCUCUUCCACUAUGUGCAGCAUCACCCCAACCACAGCAUCAAAGAUGCACUGAAAUUCUGCUCAGACAUGAGUGGGGCCAGUAACAUACUGGCGAGGGAGUUCCUGACUGAUGUACAUCAACUAUGCAGUGCGGUGGCCCAGAGAGCGGAGGCACGGGAGGAAGAUGAGGAGGAGAGUCACAUGGUGGCACUGGGAGAGUACCUGGUCAGGGGGCGGGGCUUCCUGUUGCUCAGCACCCUGGACUCCAUCAUUGACCAGGAAUUGACCUGCCGGGAGGAGCUGCUCACUUUGCUGCUGUCUCUCCUACCACUGGUCUGGAAGAUCCCUGUGCAGGAGGAAAAAGCCCCAGAUUUCACCCUGCCGUCCCUACUGGACAUAUUCCUUAGCCGGGAGGUGAAGGCCGCCCCUCUCAGAGCAGGACAGAAGGCUGCUACAGAUGAACAGAACUCUGGUAAGAGGUCCCGUGUUGGCAGUGGCACCUGGAAGUCACGGAGGUCACGCAGGACGGCGCAGAGAUACUCUGUAAAGGAUGCUCGGAAGUCCCAGGUUUCUACCUCAGAUUCAGAAGCCAACCCUGAAGACAAAGCUGUCCCAGGCCCUGGUGGCGCAAGGAGCCGAAGGUCACAUGGCUCCACCAUCCGGGUAAGCUGUCAGCAUCAUCGUUCAGAGAACUCACAGUUAACAUCCACCGCCACCACCACCAUGACCACAGAAACCAUGAGUGCACCAUACGCACACCCCCGAGCCCCUGGGUCUCAGACGGCGGACAUUGAAACCCUGACAGACCCAGCUGCAAUAUCAAUUUUCAACCGCAUGGAAAACUCACCCUUUGAUCUCUGCCAUGUGUUGCUUUCCCUGCUGGAGAAGGUUUGUAAGUUUGACAUGAGCAUCAACCACAACCCUAGCCUGGCCGUCAGUGUUGUACCUACUCUCACUGAGAUCCUGACUGAGUUUGGAGAUUGCUGUGGCCCGGGGGGAGGGGGUGGAGGUGGAACAGGAGUAGAGGAACUUGCUGGAGGAUGGACGGAAGAGCCCAUUGCACUGGUCCAGAGGAUGCUUCUACGCACCAUCCUGCACCUGAUGUCAGUGGAUGUGAGUCAGAGUGAAACCCUCCCAGAUAGCCUGAGACGCAGCCUGACAGACCUGCUGCGAGCCACCCUCAAAAUCCAGAGCUGCUUGGACAGACAGACUAACCCUUUUGCUCCUCGGCCUAAGAAGACCCUGCAGGAGGUCCAGGAUGACUUUUCAUUCUCCCGCUAUCGCCACAGGGCGCUACUGCUGCCUGAGCUUCUAGAGGGAGUACUACAAGUGCUGCUGGGUUGCCUGCAGGCUUCCACACCCAACCCUUUUUUCUUUAGCCAGGCAUUGGAGCUCAUUCAUGAGUUUGUCCAGCACCGCGGCCUGGAGCAGUUCGAGGCCACAGUGCUACGGCUGGAGGGACUUGGCAGGGCCAGGGAUUCUGAAGUCGUAGGUGAGGCUUCAGAGAGGCUACGAGGUCUCAUUGCAGGGGUCUUCAAGAUCAUCAGUGCUGUCAAGAAGGCAAAGUCAGAGCAGUUGCAUCAGUCUGUGUGUUCCCGCCGUCGCCACCGCCGCUGUGAAUAUUCCCACUUUCUGCAUCACCACAGAGACCUGUCAGGUUUGCCCGUCUCUGCUUUCAAGCAGGCUGCUAGACGCAACCCCUUUGAAGAGGAUGGAGAAGGCAAGGAAGGGAUGGAGGGUGAUGUAGUGCGUUACCCCGAGCGCUGCUGCUGCCUGGCUGCCUGUGCUCACCAAUGUCUGCGACUCCUGCAGAGACUCUCCCCCAGUGGGCCAGCUGUGUUGCAGGUACUGGCUGGGGUGCAGGCUAUUGGAAUCUGCUGUUGUAUGGACCCCCGCUCAGUCGUAGUACCCAUGCUGCAUGCCUUCCAAGCUCCAGGGCUGCGUAGUUACCAGUCUCAUGUUCUCAGUGUCCUGGCCAGACUGAUCCUAGACCAGCUUGGUGGAGGGCAGCCCUCAGAGAAAGCCAAGCUGGCGUCCUGUAACAUCUGCACUCUGGACAGCAGUCAGCUACCAGGGCUGGAGGAGACACUGCAGCACGGAGAACCUUCAGCUGUAUCUACCAGUAUGUGCUACCGCUCCCAGGGUAUUCUGCCAAGUGGAGGGGGGGCAGAGGACAUGCUGUGGAAGUGGGAUGCUCUGGAGGCCUACCAAGAGCUAGUGUUUGGUGAGGACUGGCAGCUGAGCCAGCAGAUAGCUGGCCAUAUAUGCCACCUGACUCUUCGGGGAAAUGCUGUAGUGCAGUGGCAGCUCUACACACACAUCUUCAACCCUGUGCUGCAGCGAGGGGUGGAGCUGGCCCACCAUGCCCAACAGCUCGGGGUUUCCACUGUCUGUACUCAGGUCUGCAGCUAUCACACGCGGUGCCUGCCUGUGGAGGUACUACUCAUUUACCUGCAAGCGUUACCUGCCCUUCUUAAAUCAAGGGUGAUCAGAGACCUUUUCGUCAGUUGUAAUGGGCUCAAUCAGGUGACAGAGCUCGUCUACCUAGACCACACACGCUCUUUAGCUUUGAAGGUGUUUGAGACUCUGAUAAUAGGCAUUGGACACCAGCAGGCUGACGGGGUCCUCCAGGAGCUGGAGAGUGCUGAUGCUGAAGAAAGGGAGGCCGUCUUAGGCCUGGCUGAGGAACUGGGGUCCCGAGGGGCUGGAGAGGGUCCACAAAGCCUCAGCAAGUUCUACGAAGGCCUAAAGGAGGCAUGUCCACGUCAUAAGAGCCGGAGUGGGCAGGGCCGUGGACCAGGGCGCAGCCGAGCAGAGACCCACCUCCAUGUUAUCAACCUCUUUUUGUGUGUGGCCUUCCUCUGUGUCAGCAAGGAGGCUGAUUCUGACCGGGACUCAGCCAAUGACUCUGAGGACACUUCUGGUUACGACAGUACAGCCAGUGAACCUCUCGGCGGGCGACUGCCUUACCUAUCCCCAGACAGCGUGGCUCUGCCCUCCAAAGAGCAGGUACGACGCGCUGCAGAUGUCUGGUCAGUGUGUCGGUGGAUCUACCUGGCCAGCCCCUUGUUUCAGAGGCAGUUCUUUAGGCUAGGAGGACUAGAUGUCUGCUUGCGCCUUAUGGCCAUGGUUAUUCAGAAACUUUCCUGUAAGACCAAGGAUGGGAAAGCAAAGAAGAAGAGGGAUGGUAAGGGUAAAGGCAGCCCUGAGUCCACAACCCCAGGUACUUCACUGGGACUGGAGGAGAGAACUCAUGAUUCAGCCGACACCCUCGGCACUGGUCCAGCUGAGGGAAAGACCAAAGAUCCAGCAAAGAAGCUGGAGGAAGAGUGGCAACUACAAAGUAUUCGUCUCCUUGAGGCCUUGCUGGCAAUUUGUCUGCACAGUGCUAACUCAGCCCUGCAGAGGAUAGAGCCUGAGCUUUCUUAUCAGCUCCAGUCAGUGGAAGAGACCCUGUUUGAGGUGAGAGACCAGCUCUCUCGCUCAGGGGUGGUGAACUCUGACCUUGCUGUUCCUCUGUUUGACUCUCUCCUGAGAGUGGCCUUGGCAGAGGUGUCAUCCGGUCCUGAUCCCCCUGAGGAGAAGCCAGACAGGGUGAGUCCUGCCUUGGGAGAAACUCUCCAGGUGUUGGCGGAGGGGGCAGCCCCAGCAGGCGAUCUGUCUGAGGAGGUGGACGAGGUAGAGAGCUGUGGCGUCAAGCCCCUUGGGGAGGAGGAGGGCUACGACGCUGACAGCGAAAGCAACCCUGAGGACAUGGCCAAGCAGGAAGAGGGAGUGAAGGUGGAGUCUGCUGUGCUGCGUGAGUUUGAGGCGGUGGCGGACGGGCCCGGGCGUGGCAUGCUGCUGUUCCCGCAGAUCUGCACAAUGGAGCUGCAGCUUCUCACUACCGGCUCCCCAGACCUGGAGGUUCUGAGUCACGUGUUUCACAGCCUGUUGGGUGCAGUACACGCCAACCACCGCAAUGCUGCCUUGCUCUAUGACCAGGGAGGAGUCAAAACCAUCCUGUCUGGCUUUCACAACAUCCUUAGCCAAACAGACCCCUCCUUUACAGAUUGCCAGACUGUGCUAGUGGAGCUGCUGGUUGCCAUGGUGAGCCAGCGAAUCACAGCAGAGGAACUGGCUCUAUUGAUUCGCCUCUUCCUGGAGAAGACCCCACCUACUGAGAUCUUACUGAAAGGCAUCCUACAAAUCAUUGAAGCCAAUAUGAAUAUGGAACCUCUUCACUUCCUGACCUUUCCAAUAAUCCUUGGGACUCCGACGCCAGGAGGGGUGUCCACCAGCACCAGACAGAACAGUGCUGCCGGAGGGAAAAGUGUUGGUUUGCUCUGGAAGGGUAAACUGUCUCCUGGGCGCAGGGAGGGGGAUACCGAGCACCGACCAAACCACCUCCGUUCCUCUCCCUGGCACAUUGCUCCUCUCCACUUGCCCCUGGUAGGGCAGAACUGCUGGCCCCACAUGGCCAGUGGCUUCAGCGCCUCUAUGUGGCUGAGGGUGGCAGAGCAGGAGGAGAAAGACGGGGACAAAGGUGAGGGUGAGACACAGAUCCUUCACCAAGACACUUUUAUGCCUGAAGUCCAUAACAUGAAUGUUUUGAGAUUCUUUAGUCAUUGUUUUCCAGAAGAGAGUAACCCUCCUGCAGCUGAGUCCCACCAUGGCUCCUCUCAGGCUGGGACAAGAUUAGUAGAGGAAGGCCUCAUUCAUAUUCUGUCCAUGGGCUCCAAGGCACUGAUGCUUCAAGUGUGGGCAGACUUCUCUACUGGCUCUCUUACAUUCAGGAUUUGUAUAGACCCAAACGAUGAGAUAAAAGCAGGGCUGCUGGCGCAGGCAGACUCUGGUGAGGAACUACUCAGAGGGGGCCAAUGGCAGCACCUCGGCCUCACUUACACGCAGCAGCCAGAGGGCAAGAAGAACAUCCAUGGCCGUGUGGUUGUCUGGGUGUGUGGCAUCAGGAAAUGUGAGGUUUCUUUGGACUACACCCUACCCAGAAAGUCCAGUUUGUCAUCUGACAGCAACAAAACCUUUUGCAUGUUGGGCCACUGUACGCCGUCCUCUGGGGAGCUGUUGAAGCAAGGUGGACGCUGGAGCAUGGGCACUGUGCUUCUCUUCAACGGAUCUAGAAUAGGAUCUGAGGAGGCCCUUUACCUGUACACCAGCGGGCCUGACCUCACCUCGAUCAUGCCCUGCAAAUAUGGCAAGCCCAGUGGGACAUUCUCCAAGUUUGUCACUGAGGAAGGCCUGAAGUGUGAGCAUGUACGAGAGCUUCUGAUGAAGAACAAGGAUGUGGACACAACAGCUUUGGUUGAGAGCUUGGCUGUAGUGUAUGCUCCCAGCAGUCCCAGAGUCUACACUAUCUAUGAGCCUGUAAUCAGACUGAAGGGUCAGGCCAAGACAGUGGUUACCCAGCGGCCGUUCAGCUCCAAGGAAGUGCAGAGUGUUUCCCUGGAGUCGAACUCUCUCAGAGCACUGCUCCCCACUGAAACCCAAGGCCUGCAGAGCGUCCUGCACAAGAUCGGAGGAACAGGAAAUUUUGUCUUCCUCUUCGCACAGACGGUGGAGCUGAGUGACUGUGAGAAGACCCAGGCUCUGGCCCUGCAGGUGCUGCUGUCCUUGUCCAAGUUUAACCAACACCGCAUCCAUGAAAUGGACUGUUACCAUGGUUACUCUAUGAUCCACCAGGUUCUCAUCAAGUCCAAAUGCAUCGUGGGAUAUCAUAUGCUGAAAACUUUGCUGGAUGGAUGUUGCACUGGACCCAUCCUCAUCCUGGGGAACGAUGGGCAGUUCCGUUUGGACACCGAGUCCAUCGCUGUGGUGCAGGAUAUCAGGCUUCUCUCAGACAUCCUGUUGGACUGGAAGAUCUGGGCCAAGGCUGAGUGUGGAGUGUGGGAAACACUGCUUGCUGCCUUAGAGAUCCUCAUCAGGGUGCACCACCCUCAUCAGGUCUUCAACAUCCGUCAGUUCCUCAAGGCUGAAGUAGUGCAUCGCUUCCUGCUCACAUGCCAGGUGUUACAGGAGCAUCGGGACGAGCAUCUGACUGCCAUCCCACAGGACGUCUGUUUGUCAUUUGUCAAAAUCAUCCAGGAGGUACUCGGGUCUCCUCCGGACAUGGACCUGCUAAAACUGAUCUACAACUUCCUGCUGGCUGUUCACCCACCUACCAACACCUAUGUCUGCCACACUCCAUCCAGCUUCUACUUCUCACUACACAUAGACGGGAAGCUGUACCAGGAGAAGGUGCAGUCCAUUAUGUACCUGAGACACUCCAACAGUGGAGGAAAGUCCGCCAGCAGCUCUGUGGUGUCACUCUCCCCAACUGUCUUCACUGAUGCUCCUCAUGAAGGCCAUCUCCACACUCUGUCCCCUGAACAUGGAGGUGAUGAUCAGUCGUUACGCCCACCUAGUCUGGCACCAUCUCCAUACUCCUCCCCUCUACUGACACCUCGACUCGGACAUGGUAGCUCAAAUGAAGCAGGUGAAGGUGACGGGGUCUCCCUCGCCACACAGCAGGCUCUUGGCAGCACAGAGACACUCAAGAAGGGCGGAGGUGAUCAGCAGCUCCUGAGCAGCUGUGAAUCAGCCAAGACAAUCUGUGACUCUAAGGACAUAGGUGAGGAAGGAGCCCUGCGCACUCCUUCCAUCAGCGUGGAGGAGGACAGGGACGAGGCAGCAGAGGUGGACAGCCUGGCAGAGGGCAGCGUGGGGGUGGCAGAGUCUGAGGACAGGUUUGACUGGGCCAGUGACGAGGCGCCGCGCCGCCCUGACAGCCUGAAAGGCAUCCAGUCCUUCCAGAGGAGCCACAGCAACCUGGCCAGUCUGGGUCUGGCCUUCCCAGCUCCAAACGGCUCGUUGACAGUUGCCCGCUGGCCCAGUGCGGCCGAUCGAGGUUCCAUGCCUGAAGACUGGGAGAGCUACACCUACUCUCCUGGCUACGAGAGGGCGCACAGCAAGACUGAGUCCAAUGACAGGUCCAGCACUGAGGACUGCCUGGUACUGAUCUGCUGUGGACUCUAUGAUCUUCUGAGGGGCAUCUUGCUGCUAUUGCCUGACCUCAUGCUUGAGGAGGUGAUGGACAAGCUCAUCCAGCCAGAGGCCCUCAUUGUCCUGGUCAACCACUCGUCGCCUCUCAUCCAGCAAGGAGUCAUGAAGCUGCUGGAUGCCUAUUUCAGCAGAGCCCUCAAGGAGCAGAAAGAGAAAUUCCUGAAGAACCACGGCUUCUCACUGCUGGCCAACCAGCUGUACAUCCACCAGGGCAGCCAGGGGCUCCUCGAAUGCUUCCUGGAGAUGCUGUUCGGACGGCCGGUGGGCCUGGAGGAAGAUCUGGACCUGGAGGAAAUGGAAAAUAUCUCACCCUUCAGAAAGCGCUGUAUCAUCCCAGUGUUGGGUCUUAUUGAGAACUCCCUGUAUGAGAACUCCUUGGUGCACAACAUCCUGUGUAUGCUGCUGCAGCUCCUCAACGCGUGUCCCAAGCUGGCAGACAUCCUGCUAGACCACGGGCUGCUCUACGUGCUCUUUAACACCCUCUCCACCCUCAAUGGCAUGGAGAACGGUAUUCCCCUGAAUGACUACAAGCUCCUGGUGUGUGACAUCCAGCAGCUGUUAGUAGCUGUGACUAUCCACUCCUGCAGUUCUUCAGGGUCCCAGUACUUCCGCAUCAUCGAAGACCUCAUUACCUUGCUGGGUUUCAUGCAGACCAGCAAGAUGCGUCGCACACAGGAGAUGGCAGUGGCUUUGCAGUUCCGCGUCCUUCAGUCAGCGAUUGAGUUUAUAAAGACGACAGCCAAUCAGGAACCUCAGAAACUGAGUAGCUCUGUUAAUGCACCGAGCUCUCCACAUCAUGCCAUCUAUCAGAAGCGAAAGAGCAUCGCAGGCCGGCGCCGGUUCUCUCUGGCUCAGAGUGACUCUCUCCUGAUGCGGAUGCGCUCUGUAGCAAGCGAUGAGCUCAACCAGAUGAUGCAGAGGAGGAUGAGCCAGGAAAACCCCAUUCGUGCCAGUGAGACCGAGUUCGUCCAACGGCUGCAGAGGCUUGUGGUUCUUGCUGUUAACAGACUCAUUUACCAUGAUGUGAGUCAGGACUUAUUUGACCUGCUGAAUAUUCCCGACUCUCCAGACCAACAGCUUUUCACACCAGAUCCAGGUGAUCAACCACAGGAUGAGAGUGGCUCCGCCUCUGUCCCACACUCUCCUACUCCCUUUACCCUGCCGCCUGCCAGCAAGAAGAGUUUUCAGAAAGACAUCCUCAAACUUAUGAUGGACGGGAUCAAAAUCAGCCUGGGCAGCACAGGUCGAGGAGGAGCCCCACACCAGCAGUGGCGAAGGAUCCUGUGGUCGUGUCGGGACACUUUUCGGAUCCAAAUCGGCCGUUUGCUUGUGCACACACUCAGCCCUGCGCUUCCCCUGUCUGACAGGAAGGAGGUGCUGGAGUUUGUGUUUGAUCCCAGACAUCUGGAUAUCCUCAAGGAGAGCCUCAGCCCAGGUCUAGAGCACGGACCGAAGUUGUCACUGUACCUGUAUGAGAUGCUGCACGAUCACAAGGACAGCCUCACCAAAGAUGAGCAGAACGCCGUGGGUUUAUUCAUGACCUCACUCAAGCUUUGUGGCCACCGCUGCAUCCCACCCAACGCUCCACACAAGCAAGACUUGCUCAAGGCCAUAAAAGAGGAAAAAUUCAAGUAUGAAGCAGAAGAGAAAACAAGCAAAGUGGCAUGGGAAAAGAAAAUGGCCAACACUCAGAGGAAUCUUAUCCAGAGGCUGGAUGGAAAGUCCAAGGACAUUUCCAAGAUUGCAGCUGAUAUCACUCAGAAUGUGUCUCUGCGGCAAGGCAUGGAGAGAAAGAAAGUUAUCCAGCACAUCAGGGGACUCUACAAGACUGACCUCAGCGCCAGCCGCCACUGGCAGGAGCUGGUGCAACAACUCACACAUGACCGUGCGGUUUGGUACGACCAGACAUCCUACCCAACGUCCUGGCAGCUGGACCCCACUGAAGGGCCGAACCGGGAGAGACGGAGGCUACAGAGAUGCUAUCUCACCAUUCCUAACAAAUACCUGCUCAAAGACAGACGCAAGCCUGAAGACAAUGUGAAGCCACCAUUGUCCUUCCUGUUCGAGGAUAAGACCCACUCCUCCUUCUCCUCCACUGUCAAAGAUAAAGCCACCAGUGAGCCCAUCAGGUUCACCAGACGGUGCAUCAGCGUUGCCCCCUCCAGAGAGACAGCAGGGGAGCUACUACUGGGAAAGUCUGGGAUGUACUUCGUGGAGGACAACGCUGCUGAUGCUCACGACAACCAGAGCCUUCAUGGGGAGACCGAGGCACCUUCUUUCUCCUGGACGUACGAGGAGAUCAAGGAGGUUCACAAGCGCUGGUGGCAGCUAAGAGACAACGCUGUGGAGAUAUUCCUCACCAACGGCAGGACCCUGCUGUUAGCCUUUGACAACACCAAGUUCCGUGACGACGUCUACCACAACAUCCUGACCUCUGAUCUGCCCAACCUGCUGGAGCACGGAAACAUCACGGCGCUCACUCAGCUGUGGGGCUCGGGUCAGAUCUCUAACUUUGAGUACCUCACACAUCUGAACAAACACGCAGGCCGCUCCUUCAACGACCUCAUGCAGUACCCGGUGUUCCCCUUCAUCCUGCGAGAUUACACCAGUGAGACGAUCGACCUGCAGGAACCGAACAUCUACAGGAAUUUAAACAAACCCAUCGCAGUCCAGUCAAAAGAGAAAGAGGAUCGCUACGUGGAUAAUUACAGGUACCUUGAGGAGGAGUACAAGAAGGGCAUUCGUGAGGACGACCCCAUGCCUCCCGUCCAGCCUUACCACUACGGCUCACACUACUCCAACAGCGGCACUGUGCUGCACUUCCUAGUCCGAAUGCCUCCUUUCACCAAAAUGUUCCUCGCAUACCAGGACCAGAGCUUUGAUAUUCCGGACCGGACGUUCCACUCCAUGAACACCACGUGGCGCCUGUCCUCCUACGAGUCUAUGACUGAUGUGAAAGAGCUCAUCCCAGAGUUUUUCUACCUCCCAGAAUUCCUGAUCAACAGAGAGGGUUUUGAUUUUGGUGUUCGUCAAAAUGGUGAGAGGGUGAAUCAUGUGAACUUGCCGCCCUGGGCCCGCAACGACCCACGUCUGUUCAUCCUGAUCCACCGACAAGCGCUUGAGUCGGACCAGGUCUCCCAGACACUCUGCCAGUGGAUCGACCUGGUGUUUGGGCUCAAGCAGAAAGGCAAAGCUGCUGUCCAGGCCAUCAACGUCUUCCACCCAGCUACCUAUUUUGGCAUGGACGUUUCGGCUGUAGAAGACCCAGUGCAGCGGCGGGCCCUGGAGACGAUGAUCAAGACAUACGGACAGACACCUAGGCAGCUCUUCAACGGCUGUCAUGUCAGCAGGGCCAGCCCCAAACUCAUGAUGGAGGGAGAGCUGCCGGCAGCCAUGGGUCUCCUGGUUCAGCUGGCCUUCAGAGAAACCCGAGAGCAGGCCAAGGAAAUAGUCUGCCCGAGCCCACUGCCAUGGAUCAAAGGUCUGAAGUGGGGCGAGUACGUGGGCUCGCCUUCUGCUCCAGACCCGGUGGUGUGUUUCAGUCAGCCACACGGGGAGAGGUUCGGAUCCCUGCUGGCUCUGCCAACGCGAGCCAUCUGCGGGCUGUCCCGCAAGUUCUGCCUCAUGAUGAUUUACAGCAAGGAGCAGGGUGUCCGGAGUAUGCACAGCACAGACAUCCAGUGGUCGGCCAUCUUGAGCUGGGGCUACGCAGACAACAUAUUAAGGCUGAAGAGCAAGCAGAGCGAACCACCUAUCAACUUCAUUCAGUGUUCACAACUUCACCAGGUGACCAGCUGCGCCUGGGUGCCUGAUGGCUGCCAGCUAUUUACGGGCAGCAAGUGUGGAGUCAUCACCGCCUACAGCAACCGCUUCACCAGUACCACGCCCACAGAGAUGGAGGUGGAGUCUCAGGUUCACCUGUACGGACACACAGGGGAAGUCACCAGCCUGUUUGUCUGCAAACCCUACAGCAUCCUCAUCAGUGUCAGCAGAGAUGGCACCUGUAUCCUCUGGGACCUCAACAGGCUCUGUUAUGUACAAAGCCUCACAGGCCACAAAAGCCCGGUGACUGCAGUGUCUGCCAGUGAGACCACAGGUGACAUUGCAACAGUUUGUGACUCAGUGGGCGGAGGCAGCGACUUGCGCCUGUGGACGGUGAACGGUGACCUAAUCGGUCACGUCCACUGCAGAGAGAUCAUCUGCUCCGUGGCCUUCUCCAACCAGCCUGAGGGCGUGUCUGUCAACGUCAUCGCAGGGGGGCUGGAGAACGGCGUCGUCAGGUUGUGGAGCACCUGGGAUUUAAAACCAGUGAGAGAGAUCACCUUUUCCAAGUCAAGCAAACCCAUCAUCAGCCUGACGUACUCUUGUGACGGCCACCACCUCUACACAGCCAACAGCGAGGGCACAGUGAUGGCGUGGUGUCGGCGGGACCAGCAGCGCAUGAAGCUGCCCAUGUUUUACUCCUUCCUGAGCAGCUAUGCCGCAGGCUGACUGUGUCUAACGUUUACUACUGUCCAGUUCUCAGCAAGAGGAGCCCUCCCUCCCUCUCCUCCUCAUCCUCCCUGCACUGACAGGGAGACUUGUUCGCAUGGCCUCAACCCCCCUGAACCCACCCUGACUUUUAACUAAUGCCAUCCCCAGCUGAGCAAACUCUACCACAGUUACUCCCAGCAUCAAGAAAUGAUUAUGAAAAUAGUAUUAUAUGUAUAUAAAUAUAUAUUUAUAAACAUACUGUAGUGGAAUGUUGAGGGGAAUGGAUGAAUAUUUGGCUGAGGCUGCAACAGACACUUUAUACAAAAUGCAUUUCCGACUGUGUGUUUGGUUUGUUAAGUCUUUUAUUAUUUAGUUUCUUGCUGUUGAGUCUGGAGUUUUUGUUGUGCAGUGACCCUUGCCUGAGGUUGAUUUUGCUGUUUCCCGGUAAGCUGCUAUAGUCUGGCCAAAGCCAGACCCAAAGUGUGAAGACCCCUGUCUCUCACCUCGGCGGCGUUCGGAUCUCCUGCAGCGCGCCGUCUGACAGAUUGCUGCUGGAGCUCGGUGAGCGCGUCCUGCUGACUCUGCGGCAGCUAGGAGGGAGGGAGCCCCUCCUCGCGUCUGUCACCGGGAGAUGUCCCGCUCUGUGGGAGUGAGACGCCGCUCUGCUGGGCUGUCUGCUCCACUCAAGUCUGAACACUAGUGUCAUGGCCCUGCAUCACUUUGUAUCUGAGCUCAGUGGAGGGAUGGGGGCACGUUGGGAUGAAUUGUUCCUUGUGUUGCCUGUUGGUCUGUCCUACUUUUGCAUGCUAGAAUGAUGCUGACCUUGACUGUGUGUAUGUGGAUGUGGCAUUUACUGCCGUGAUACUUUAUUAAGGCCUGUCUUGGAUGAACCUGUGCUUUUGCAGUGAGAAAUGUUGAUAUUCAUUUAUUUAUUAGUAACACCAUGGAGGCUCAUCUUUCUUUCUUCCUUCUCUUGUGUUAUGCUGGCUUAAACUGUCUGCCUCGCAAAUGCACUAAAAGCUUUGCACUACUUAAUAUAGUUUGCGGAAAUUCUGAGAAAGCAAUUAACAAACAGCAUUGGAUGCCUAAAGCUUGAGAAGAAGCAGAGAGGAAUCUCCUGAAUGCGCCCUCGUCCUCGCUGAUCUACGAGGCAUGCUCAGUACCUGUGCAGCAUCACAAAAAGGUUGUAGUAGGUAGGUAGGUGGGUGUGGUGAGGAGCAUCAUGUCCUGCAGACUGCAUUUCCUGCACUGAUGAGGUUUACAGUUUAUUUCUGAAUCUUACACUACACUGAUCAGUCUGGGAAACAAUCAACCAACAAUUUCUUUCCCAAACCUACCCAUGGAUCCAUGCAGCUAUUCUUUACAUUCCCACUUAACUUACAGCACUUUGUUUGUCUGUUAUUAUGUGUGAAAUGGUAGUCAAAGCACCAUUUCAUUCAAGGAGAGCCAAUAAUCUGUGGUCUUAACAUGAACUGAGCUUUGCUUUAAUUCCACAAAUAUACCUAAUCCAGAAAGCAAUAUCAGACAUGCAAUAGAUUUUUUUUUUUGUGACGUUUCACAUGAAGAAACCAGGAGUUUGUUUUAACACAGCUGUGAACAAAGUUUUGCCUUUGUGGUGACUGCAGCGAGCCUUCUGUGAUGAAAAACGAUGUCUUACGUUUCACACUUGGUGUUUGACUUGUGUACGAGAAAGGGAAUAUUUCUUCUUAUAUCAUGACGUAAUUUCUUUCGUGUUGGUUGAUGGGGUUUUUUUUUCCUUCUCAGCCCAACUGGACCCUUGUUGUUUGCAGCAUCAGGCCUGUGCAAGACAUGGUGUUACUGUUUGAUUACUGUGUUUCAUGCUUGUAUGUGUACAUACAUUUCCUCUUUGAAGUUUAUAAAGUGUAUGUCUAAGAGAACCACAACCUUUGUUUUCUCUAGAACAUCCACAUGUGAGAUUGUAUAAAUGUUUUUUUCCCCCUUUUUAAAAAAAAGCUGGGAGGAAAACAUGUUAAUGGAAAAAAAGUUUUUUGUCCUUUUGACACCGAAGGAAAUAUUUUUCUGUUGAUAAGUAAGCUAUGCAUAAUUUAAUCAUUGGCUUAAAUUGUGUCAUUUAAUUGACCCCUCUGGUCUGGUUUUGAAGUUUGGCAUCAUGGACUGAGGUACUGAAGGUCAUAUUUUACAUUUCCUUUUGUUUGUAUAUAUGUGCGUGUGUGUAUGUAUGGACAAACCAAGUGAUGAGUAUAUUAUAAAUAUAUAAAUAUAUAUAAAUAUUUGAAGAAAUAUUACUACA